CAUUGCUUACCUCCAAUAUCCAGACUAAACAAAUCUCCAGACCACGCGGACACGAGAACAGAGAAAAAAGAGGUAAAAAAGAAAAGAAAGAAAAGCAGACACGUCACUAAUUUGGAAAGACAGAAAGGGCCCAACCCCAACUCCAACUUUUACAAUUUAUUUGAGUAUAAUAUGAAACUCUCCCACUUCUCCACCAAUGACAACUCUUGUUAUCUUUGUUUUACAACAAGAAAAAUAAAAUAAUGGUCGGAUAGGAUAACGAAAAGAGCCUCAUUUUAAGCUCUCAAAUCUGACGUCAAAUCCCCCCCCCCUCUCCCUUCCUCUCCGCCUUCCCUUCCUUAUGGGCAAAUCCCACCACCCCAGGAAACGUCAUAAGCUAGUAGCCCACCACCAGGACCGCCAAGAGCAGCCUCUGAUACCAGGCCUGCCGGAUCACGUAGCCGAGCUCUGCCUCUCGCGUCUUCAUCCUUCCUUACUUUAUUCCAUUUGCCGGUCAUGGCGGCGCUUUAUCUACUCCCCACUUUUUCUUCCUUUUCCCUCUCUCUACACUCUCUUCUCUUCAUCAAAUAAUGAAAUCCAGUUGUUGAGCUUUGAUCCGAUGACGUCCAAGUGGGAACCGGUCCCUCCACCCCCUAGCCCUCUUCGUCUCCUUGUGCAUCACCCCUCUUUCAUAUCCCGCAACCUCCCUGUUCAAUCCAUCUCGGUCUCUGGUAACCUUGUCCUUUUAGCCGCAACUGCCCCCAAUUUUAAUCCAGCCCUCUCUCGCCCUCUUAUAUUCUCUCCACUCUCUCGCUCCUGGAGGUUAGGUCCCCCAAUGGCCACUCCGCGCCGCUGGUGUGCAGUAGGGGCAUCUGGCCCCACCAUUUACGUGGCCAGUGGGAUUGGGUUCCACUUCUCCACCGACGUAGCUAGGUCUUUGGAGAGGUGGGACUUGGAGGAUGAUGAAAUGAAUGGCGCCAGAUGGAAGAAGAUGAGACAACUGAAAGACAGCAGAUUCAGCAGAGACGCCAUCGACGCAGUUGGUUGGAGAAGGAAGCUAUGUAUGGUGAACGUGGCUAAACAAGGUUCUGUUUACGACGUGGAGAAUGACAGAUGGGAAGAUAUGCCGGAAGGCAUGGUGGCUGGCUGGAGAGGACCCGUAGCUGCCAUGGACGAGGAAGUACUAUAUGCGGUGGACGAGGUUAAGGGAGUACUCACGAGGUAUGACCAAGAUACCACUGAUUGGGAGGAGAUAAUGGAAUCGGAGAGGCUGAUAGGGGCACGCCAAAUGGCUGCUGCUGCUGGAAGAUUAUGCGUUGUUUGCGGUAACGGAGAGAUUUUAGUCGUCGAUGUGGUGGUGGUGCCGCCUAGAUUUUGGGUAGUGGAGAGUCCGCCGGCGUUGGAACCCUUGGCGGUUCAUGUCUUGCCCAGAAUGAGCCGCGCUGAUUUUUCAUAGCCGGCGGUGGCCUGGUCUACUCUGGUUUGGACUUGGGAUGAUCUUUUAUUAUACUAGUAUUUUAUUGGAGAAAUCAUUUUUACUCGGGAAAAUUUGUUUUCAAUAAUUUUUUUUUUCUUUUUUAAGGAUGAAAGUGAAAAUUGUCGAAUAUUGGUAUAAAAUGCACUGAAAACGACAUUGAAAUUGCUUUUUCUUGUUUGGCUAGUAGUACAUUCCCAAAGGAAUACGGAACCCUGCGGAGCCAUGAAAAUUA